AUGGCUGAUCGCAUUGUCGUCCCAACACCUUCUUUUCUCCCCAAAAAGGAUACCAGUCAUAUCAACAACACUUCAUCUGCCUUUAAUAAGGUCACGACUGUGCUCACCAAUCUUCAGCGCCGCAAUGUGCAAACUCUCAAAGUCGAUUCUCAGGUCACCCUCUCCAUCUUCCAAAUGGCAGCUCAGGGUGAGUUGCUGCAACUGCAAGCUAAACUAGACACACCUGGCGUCAAUAUUGACGAGCGUGAUGAGAAGGGUUUCUCGCCUCUCUUAUGGGCUUGCGCAAACGGUCAGAAGGCAGCAGUAGAACUACUACUAUUUCGCGGCGCCAACGCGCAUGUGCGAGGCGUGAACGGAGAGAGCGCAUUACUGCUGGCGGCGUGUCGAGGACACUAUGACGUGGUUCAGUAUUUGCUGCGUGCCGGCUUGCCCGUCGAUAUUGCUGACGAGUUAGAUAACACGGCACUCAUGUUCGCUGCCUUCCACAACCACGUAGCUAUCGUUUCGCUGCUUCUUGAUUGGGGAGCCGAUGUGACAGCGGUAAAUGCAGAGGGCUGGGACGCUCUUCAAAUCGCUGUGCGCCGCGGCGCUCGCUCCAGUCAACGUAUAAUAGAGAAGCAUUUGGUAACUCUCCUUACCCCUGAUAUGUACCAUGACCGCACAAACAUCACACCCGCUCGUCCUCUGUAG